AUGGUGAAUGGGGCUGAUUGUGUAGGGGUAAUAGCACAGGAGAGGGGGUGUAUGGAGACGUUAUUGGGGAGUUCUGAGUCUGUAUUGACGAUGGUCAUGGCGACAGGGAAGUUUAUAAAUGAUAGAGGUGAUCCUGAUGCUUGUGAUCUGAAUUCAGGGACUCAGUAUGCGAUUCUUGGAAUUGUAGGAAAUCCGAUAAUUAUUGGGUUGUGAAUCCCUGAUGUGUGAGAGGAAGAUGAUUUACAGAUCCUGGCAGAUUCUAUGACUGCUCUUGCUAGACAACUUCAGUUACCUGAGGAAGCUGUAGGAGGAGUAUAUAUUCCAAGCAAAAACCCUGUCACUGUGUCAGGAGGACACAUUGUUGGAUUUGUCGGUUUUGGACUCAUCGGAGUUCUAUGCAUUCUCGGGCUCUUUGUAGAAUACACAUCUUUCAUGGGCCAAGCUCCCCACAUUGAUGAGCCUCUCUCAGACGCUAACAAAGACAAGAUGCUUGUUGCAUCAAAAUCUAUACCUGGGAAGCUCUUCUUAGCAUUUUCUCCUUCAAGAAAUUUGAAGAAGAUGUUCUAUACCCCUCAAAGAAAAGAUGAUUACUUAUCAGCUCUGAAUGGAAUUAGAGUUAUCAGUAUGUAUCUUGUAAUUUUAGGCCAUACUAAUGCAUUAAUGAUUGCAGGAGGAGUUAUUAAUAUUGUCGGCGUUCAAGGAUUUGUCAACUCGUGGUGGGCUAUCAUUAUUGGCAUCGGGUUUUAUUCAGUAGAUGUCUUCUUCUUCGUCUCUGCUUUCCUAGCCACGUAUUUAAUGAUUGGCAAGUUUCAUGGUAAAAGGUUCUUCAAUAUUCCAAUGGUGUAUCUCCAUAGACUAAUCAGGGUAGUCCCAACUUUGCUGCUGUUAUAUGCGAUGUUCUUCACAUUCUUCCAGUUCCUAGGGUCAGGACCUCUCUGGAAGCCAUACACAGAUGAUGCCAUUGAAAACUGUCAACGUGGCUGGUGGCAGCCAAUAUUAUUUAUUUCUUCAUGGUAUACUAAAGGCAACUGUUUUGGACAACUUUGGUAUCUGUCAAACGAAAUGACUUACUUCUUGUUUGUCCCAUUCAUUGUCUUGGCUUAUUUGAAUUCCAAACUAAUUGGAUACGCCUUGAUCACAUUUUUCAAUAUUGCCGGAAUUGUGUUGCCAUUUACUUUUUCUCAUAUAAGAGGACACACGAUUACAAUUCUGAAGGACCCUGCAGUACUCUAUAUUCAGGAGCUGUACAACUAUCCGUACACAAGGACUGGAGCAUACAGUGUUGGAGUGCUUUUCGGAGUUCUAUACUUCGAAUGGAACAAAUCGAGAACAGAUCCCACUUAUCGGUAUUCCGUCGGGGCCAGAUUCUAUAACUUGUUCAAGGCCAACACUCCAUUGUGUGUUGCAGCAUUUGUACUUUCUUCUGCACUCAUGCUCUUCUUUAUUCUGUUCCCUAGUGUUGAGUUAUUGGAACCAGAGGAGAGGAAGAUCAGCCAGAUCCCUAGUGACUUCUUCAAUGGUUUCCAUAGAUCUACUUUCGUUGCUGCUCUUGGAUUCUUUCUAGCUCCAAUGUUUGUCGGAAGACUCACUCUGAUCAAGAAUAUAUUUGGAGGCAAACUAUGGGCACCCUGGGCUAAAGUUACCUUUAUGUCAUACUUAGUUCAUAUAAAUGUACUUGGAUGGUUCUUUAUGCAAUCUAAAGGCUCAUUAUACUUUGAUGGUCCAUCUCAGAUCUUUUAUUCAUUGGCAACAUUCUUGGUUACAGUGCUCAUCAGUGUCCCAAUAUCUUUGGUAAUUGAGUCACCAAUCUUACAACUGGAAAGACUUGUGUUGUUCCCACCCAGACAGAAGGCAGAGCCUGAGAAGGGUAAAAAUACAUUGUUAGAGAAGGCAACUCUUAUCAACAAAUCAGACAUCUCCAAGAAUACAGAUGAUAUGUAAUUUGUCGAAAAUCUUAUUCUCA